AUGGGUCGAUUUGGGACGCAGACCAGUACCUACAACAGGCUGGUGACUGUUUUUGUCGCCAUUGGGUCUAUGACCUAUGGUUAUUGCGCUUCGAUCAUUUCCAGUACAAUCGGCCAGCCGGGAUGGUACACUUACUUCAAUCUACCUGCGGAAGGCAAGCCCGGCUAUGCUACGAUCACAACACCCGUCAUCUCGACGGCCAACGGUGUGUUCAGCGCCGGUGGUGCCGUCGGCUCGCUGUUCAUGAUGUGGUCCUGCGACUUCUUUGGCCGUAAGGCGAAUAUCCAGCUUGGCGCAUUUUUUCGCCAUGUUCGGCGGAUGUUCCAGGCCGGUCGUUUCAUUUGCGGUCUCGGAAUCGGUAUCCUCGUCACCGUAUGUCCGAUGUAUCUCUCCGAGAUGUCGAGCGCUCAGCGCCGCGGUUGGCUCGUCGGUCACCACGCCAUCUUCCUUGUGUUUGGAUACAUGCUUGCUGGUUGGGUUGGAUUUGCUUGCUAUUACGCCGAGACCACCAUCCCUGCCUUUGGAUGGCGAUUCCCCCUGGCAUUGCAGUGCCUGCCUGCUCUCGUGCUCCUGUGCGGUUCCCCCUGGCUGCCUCGUUCGCCGCGUUGGUUGAUUACGAAGGGCAAGUUCGAGGAAGCCGAGCUCGUCCUGCAGCGCCUUCGCCAGACGCCCGACGACCCCGACAACCUAGUCGCCAAGGAAGAGUUCUUCCAGACCAAGGAGCAGAUCCAACUUGAGGCUGAGAAACUCGCUGCUUAUGGUGGCAGUGUCUGGAAGGCGGUCUUCACUAAGGCUUCCUACCGCAAGCGUAUGAUUAUCGGCUUCUUAACUCAGUGGGGUGCCGAGUUUGGCGGUCCUCUUAUUAUUAACAACUAUGCUGUUCUGCUUUACACCAAUCUGGGCAUGGAGGGCAGCAUGCCUCUGCUGCUCAGUGCCGUGUGGCUGACUACUGCUGGUCUCAUCUACAACCCCCUGGGCGCCUGGCUUCAUGACCGAGUCAACUCUCGACGUGGCAUGUACAUGACGGGCUUCGCUGGUAUCAUUGUGACCACCUCCUGUCUCGCCGCCAUGACCGCCCAGUAUGCCGGUACCACUAACAAGGUCGGAAACGGAUUCGGUAUUUUCUUCAUAUACCUGUACCUGGCCUUCCAAGGAACGUGCUGCGACACCACCAUGUACCUCUACGUGGCCGAGAUUUUCCCCACCGAAAUCCGACCCAUCGGCAUGGGCUUCUCGCUCUUCGGCCAGUUCGCCGCAACUCUCAUCCUCCUUGAGACCGCCCCCAUGGGCUUCAACGACGCCGGCUGGAAAUACUACCUGGUUAUCAUCUGCUGGUCCGCCUUCUUUAUCCCAGUCAUCUACUUCUUCUGGCCCGAAACCGCCCGGCUCACGCUCGAAGAGAUCGCCCAGAACUUCGGCGAGGAGGUCGCAGUCCACAUCACCGAUGCUACCGACGAAGAGAAGGCUAGGCUCGACCACCAGAUCAUUCCUGGCGGUGCUGGUGUCUUCCAUCCUUCUGAGACCUCUGGCUCUGCGAAGGAUGUUGAGAAGGAGCCGGCUGUCUCUCCUGUCAAAGCCACUGAGUAG